UUGCGCUGGGGCGUGUCCAGGAGGAGAAGCCAUAGUCCGCCAGCACCGCUGGGGCAUCUGUGUGCGCCGCAGCUGCUGCCCGCGGAGAUGGUGGGGCUCCUGCUCCUGCUGCUCCUCCUCCCCUUCCUCCUGUACCUGGCUGCACCCCAAAUCAGGAAACUUCUGUCCAGUGGGGUGUGUACAUCAACUGUCCAGCUUCCUGGGAAGGUAGUCGUGGUCACUGGAGCUAACACAGGCAUCGGGAAGGAGACGGCAAAAGAUUUGGCUAAAAGAGGAGCCCGUGUGUAUUUAGCAUGCCGGGAUGUGCAAAAGGGGGAAUUGGUGGCCAGAGAGAUCCAGACCGUGACAGGGAACCAGCAGGUGUUGGUACGGAAGCUGGACUUAGCUGAUACCAAGUCUAUUCGAGCCUUUGCAAAGGGCUUCUUAGCAGAAGAAAAGCAUAUCCACAUUUUGAUCAACAAUGCAGGAGUGAUGAUGUGCCCCUACUCUAAGACAGCAGAUGGCUUUGAAAUGCAUAUGGGAGUCAACCAUUUAGGUCACUUCCUCCUAACCCAUCUACUAUUAGAAAAACUAAAGGAAUCAGCCCCAUCAAGGGUAGUGAAUGUGUCUUCCUUAGCGCAUCACCUGGGAAGGAUCCACUUCCAUAACCUGCAGGGCGAGAAGUUCUAUAGCGCAGGUCUGGCCUACUGUCACAGCAAGUUGGCCAACAUUCUCUUUACUCAGGAGCUGGCCCGGAGGCUAAAAGGCUCUGGUGUUACAGCAUAUUCUGUACAUCCUGGCACAGUCAAAUCUGAACUGAUUCGGCACUCUUCUUUCAUGAAAUGGAUGUGGCAGCUUUUCUCCUUCUUCAUCAAGACUCCUCAGCAGGGAGCCCAGACCAGUCUGUAUUGUGCCUUAACAGAAGGUCUUGAGGUUCUAAGUGGGAAACAUUUCAGUGACUGCCAUGUGGCAUGGGUCUCUGCCCAGGCUCGUAAUGAGACGGUAGCAAGGCGGCUGUGGGACGUCAGCUGUGACCUGCUGGGCCUCCCAGUGGACUGACAGGUGGUGGCAGGUGGACUCAGAGAAGACUGCAGACGGCACAGCGCUCCCUGCCAAAAUCAUUCACCUGCAAGGUGUCCAAAUCCUUCCAGCCUUUCCUAUCUGGAGUCCUGUUAAAACCCAGACUUCUACUAGAUUCAUCUCAGCGUCUUUUCAUUUGUCCAGGUUUACUUGACUCCUCUUACUGCCAGAAUUACUAGAGCUAUCACAGGAUCAAAAGGCCCUCAUAUGACUUGCACAGCUCAUGUUUCCCUUCUGAGACCUUCUACCUAGGAGAAUCUAAGCCACAGCAGAGCUCAUCUGAGAGAAUUUGGACUAGCUUUUACCUUCUUUGUUCACAAUGUACUUCCUCCCAACCAACUAAU